AUGAAGGCAACAGGUGUAUUCCUGCUCCUCUCCCUGGCACUCUGCUGCUACCAAGGAAACGCUGAGACAGAUGGAGCUGCUGACCAAGGAACAGAGGCAGCUUGUGACAACUAUGACCUAAGAAGAGGUUGUACAAGGAUCUUCGACCCUGUCUGUGGCACAGACAACCAACUAUAUGGCAAUGAGUGUCUGUUGUGUUUUCAUAAUCUGCAAAGAAACACUAAUGUGCGCAUAAAGAACAGAGGAAUGUGCCAAAAUCCCUCUCUUUACUCCGACGCUGAUAAAAAAUAA